AUGAGCUCCCCCAGCAAGGACGAGGGGUCUGUUUGGGGAAUGGGGCCCCCCCCGGAGGGCGGGGGGCAGGCCUGUGGACUAGGCCAGACUUUGGGGACGCCCCUGCCGAGCAGCCAGCGCGAGGGCACGUCCCCAGACCUCGAAGGCUUCGAGGAAGAGCGGGAAGUGGUGGAAGGGGUGCUUUGGGGUUGCGAAGGCCGACCUGGCUCCCCGGCCGACCUCGACGGGGACACUCUGGACUAUCUGGCCGACGAGGCCGCGAUGGCCAUCCUGCAGCAGCUGACCGACCGGGAUGACCUGUGUGUCCGCAGAAACCCCUCCCCAGAGAGCUGCGACUCUGAGGUGUCCACCCUUUGGGCGGACUCGCAGGCAGGUCCCGGGGGUGGAAGCGCGGGGGCCUAUGGUUGGGUGGGAUCUCGGCUGCCUUCCACAGCCCGGCUGCCCCUCCAAGAGCCUGGGGGAGGCCGGGCCUGGGGAAGCCGCAGAAGAGGAGCUCAGAAUAGGUCAGAGAGCACCGUGGGUCGCCAGCUGUCCUUCGCAGAAGGCCCGGUGGGCUCGCCUUCCGACUCCGAAUCAUCAGAUGACUUCAGCGAGCUGCACCUGCUGAGUUUCAGCCUCCGUGGCAAGGGGGUGGGCCAGGCCAAACCCAGGGGCCUGCAGGGCACACCCAGACACUCGAGUGCCCACGUCAGGGAGACAUUGCUUCGUGUGCCAGGCUCCUUCCUGCCCUCCUCUCCCCAGCGCCUGGCUUCCGUUGGGGUGAGGCAGGCUGUUGGAGAGCUGGAUGUGCCCUGCAGGAAAACCCAAAGUGUGGUCUGGGGGAAGGAGGAGAGCAGGCCCAGCUACCUGCCAGGCGCUGCUGCUGCAGGCGGCCUGCCCCAGGUCACUCCUGCAAGGAAAGUGGCCCAGGAGAAGAAAUUCCCAGGGGGGGCCUCCAGAGUUGCCCCCCAGGGUAUCUUCCCUCCCUGGGGGCAGAGAGGCUCAGCCACUGCCUUGGAGCCAACCACCUUCCCCCCAGUCUCUGGAGGGCCGCUGCUCGGGAGGGGCAAGGGGUAUUCCUUGGGUCCCGUGGGAACCAAACAGUCCAAGCACUCCAGCGCCGGGCAGAAGUCUGGGGCCAGGAGGAAGAAGGGGUCCCUGCCGGUGUUGGUAGAAGAAAAGGAACCGGAGAGAGACCCAAGCCCAGAAGUCCAACCUCUGACACACAGUCCUGAAUGCAGCAGUGGCAACGGCAACAGCAGAGCCGCCGAGGUUCCAGGACAAGCAUGGCCCUGGGCCCUGAGCCAGGGAGAAGCCCUGCCCAAAGGGCCCACACCCUGCACUAACCAGGAGCCACUUGGACGUGUCCCAGCGCGGGAAAGGCAGCAGCAACCGCCUGGAGCAGAGGGUUGUCCUCGGUGCCCGGAGCUGCAGAGACAAAUAUAUGACCUUAGACAGCAACUAGCUGCCAUGCAGUCCCUGGCUGACAAGUUCCAGAACCUGUGA